UGCCUGCAAGUGCGCCAAAACUGUUCUUGGGGCGUCGCGAGGCUUUAUCCCGUGUGAGCGGUACAAACGGAUGAAUACAACCGGAUGAAAAUAACCGUUUAUUUAUUUUUAUUGCCAGACAGAUGAUACUUAUCUAUUUUUAAUGUUCAGGUCGUUGAAGGAGUCCUACAUUAAUACGAAUCUGGGAUUUUUAUGAAUUAAACAAAAUAUGACUAUCUGGGGUCCAAAUGAGAGCUCCUGUACCCGCAAAACUUUUUGCUGCCUCACAAGGCAGAUUUAGCGUUUUAGCUGCCACCGACGCGAAGGAGAUGAUCGCGUCGAUCGCGUUAUUGCUUUCAAAAUAAUAUGAAGUUGCUGGGUUACCUAUUCGGCACACACUGGCACGCAUUUCCAAACAAAGGAAUUUUGUUUCGAAAGAAAAUCCCUCCUGCAUCCGGUUUAUAUUCCCCGCGGACUUCACGAGCCCCCUUGGAAAAUCAACCAGCGUAGCAACAAAACAUUAGCUUAGCUAGCCGGCUCGCUUCGAGUACGCAGGUCUUCAUCAAAUCACCCAUGAGUCGCAAGAGAAAUCUGACUUAUUCGGCCACUAACCUGUCCUCCGAGCUACAAGGCGCAUUUAUGGAGCCUUCUGGGUCGACGUGCCGUGCCGAUGACGAUUUCCUCAAUCUGGAGCCCGACGAGGAGCUACUGUGCACGGUCAGCUCGGUCAGCGAACACCUGGGCAGGAACAUCAGCGCCGCACUGGACGCCGCCAUGGCCGAGAUACGACACAUGCUCGGCAUCAGGAUACGGGCGCUUAAGAUGGAGCUGAGGGACAAAACCAACGAAAUUGCUCUGUUGAAAUCGAAGCUAAGCGACGUUUACAGGGAUGCCAAGGAGGCUGCGGAGGCUCCUGCUGAUGAUGCUACGGAGGAUCCUGAUGCUGCGGAAGCUGCCGAUGCCGCCGCUGCCUUUAGAAGCUCCAAGAUGCUCAACGUGGACCCGAAAAAAGACAAAAAGUCCCUCCUGCCCGGGGUGAAGAAAGAGAACAUCGAUGCCAUUUGCGACUACUUGAUGAAGGACAAGAACUCGAAGGGGGCCACGGAAAUGGACGGAGGCGAACAGGGCAGCCAAGAGGAGGAUCCGCAUUCCUUGCAGCUGUGGCCGGACGGCGGAAUGAGCGCCUCCGGGCCUCCUGGACACGCAGAUGACAUCUUCAACAUGCUGCCGUCCAGCAGCCGACGUUUGUACGACUACGAAUGGGUGCCAUCCAUGGAGUACUCCUCAGACCUGAAGGUCGUGAAGCAGCCAGAGUGCGAAAACGAGGAGGAAGAUGAGGAAGAUGAGGAAGGCCCGUCGGAACAGACUUCGACCCGCUUCCCACAUGUCCAGCCUGCCGAUUUCUCCACGGUGCCCGAUUCCCCUGGUGAGGGCGGCGCACAUCCACACCCUGAGGCCGAUCAGCAGUUCCCCAACCACACCUUCAUCUGCUCUUUGUGCGGAACCUUCUGUCCCGACUCGGCAUUCCUGGAGGAACACGUUAAACUCAUACACUCGGACACCGCCGGCGCCCAAGCUCUCCAGGCCCCGCAGACCACUGAGGGGGACAAAGAACAAGCGGUGAACAGCGGGGAGGGGGCACCUGCCAAAAAGGAGGUCCAACUCAAGGGCAGAUACGAGUGCGGGGAAUGCGGUCGCCAUUUUAACUACCUGGGCAACCUGCGGCAACACCAGCGCAUCCACACCGGGGAGAAGCCUUUUGUGUGUCCGGACUGCGGGGAGCGCUUUCGCCAUGCCGCCCGCCUCAAGAGCCACAGGCUGGUGCACAGCGGCGACCAGAGCCCCUUUCCGUGCCCCCAGUGUGGAAAAGGCUUCUCGGUCCUCUCCGGCCUGAAGAGACAUCAACGGGUGCACACCGGCGAGAGCCCGUACGCGUGUCCGCAAUGCGGCCGGCGCUUCAAGGAGCUGGGCAACCUGUACACCCACCAGAGGAUCCACAGCGGGGCCACGCCGUACUGUUGCCAACAGUGCGGACGCAGCUUUCGCCACCUGGGCACCUACAAGAGUCACCGGUGUACGCCCGGGGAGUGACCCGAGUCAGCAGACCGCGUGGGAGUUGACUUUCUGUCAAGUCCGCCCGUCGACAACGGAAGGACUUGGCGGGAUCCUCGCGGUCCGCUCGUGCAAUAAUGUCACGCUUUCGGAUGAAGUUCUGCAAGUUCUCAGCGCUCGCUCAAGCUAUGUAUACUAAUGGCAAGUCGUGUUUAACCUGCACCUUGUGCCGUUACACGCUAUGUAGUUUUAUGUUAUUGAAGUACUAUUGAAGUCAAAUUUAACCACUGACAAUCCCACUUUAAAAAUAAAAAAUAAACGUGUCAAACAGUCGAUG